CGCCUCUCUACUAUCUCUCAUUCACAGGUUGAGUCGACCAUCCUCACAAAUGUCUUCGGAUAGUAACGAGCCUAAAGGCUCGGGGGUCAUUCCCACCAGUGCUCCUCAGAGCUACUACCCUCCCACGGAGAUAACGCAAAGUAUGCAGGAUAUGGUCGAGAUUUUGCGUGAGAUACGCGACCGGCAGGUCGCCACUGAUAAUGCAGCUAGGCAGCCCAUGCCUGCGAAAUCGGCGAGGAGUUCGAGCGCCUGGGCUCCGUUAAUACGGUCUCAUAUGGCCAAUGUUCAGCCCACUGUGGAUCGAUGGAGAGGUGCACUGGACACACUGCUUGUGUUUGUGAGUCUCGUCGAUCUGUAUAUUGUCAGAGUAAACGUAAUUCUCCUGAUCUGCACACAGAUCGCCCUUUUCUCGAGCAUUCUCACGACCUUCGUCGUUCAGUCGUUGACCAGCCUCUCCCAAGACCCUGGCGAGAAAACAAACGAAUUAUUAACUAACCUGACGGAUAUUAUCCUCGCUAUAAGCAACACAAGCUUUUCGCACUUAGAUAUACCUCAUUCCGUUCCAUUCACUCCGGAACGGGAUGCAGUACGCCUAAACUUCUACUGGUUUCCGUCGCCGUCCUCGCAGUGACCAUUCGAGGCUACGUAGCAAUGCUAACCCGC